UAGAGGGAGCCUGAGCCCGCCUGACUCCUCCGGCGUCAAUGGUCCGGGGCUGGGUUUCGGGGCUGGUUUCUUUCUCUCUCCUCCUACCCGGCCCUGUUCGCUUCCUUCCCCCGCGACCGCGCUCGCAGCAGGCAGGAAGGGAGGCGGCGGGAUGGGGCCGCUGCCCGCAGGGAUGCGUUAGUGCCCGGACACCCCAGCCUGGGCCCCGCCGGGACGCGGUAAAGCCAAGACACCCGAGCAUCUCUGCAAUGGCCUCAGGGAAUGAUGGUGACCCGCUGAGGGACUGGGGGCGGAGGGGAAGCAACAGGCAGAGGCCGUCACAGGAGCUCAACUCAGAGGACCAGGUGGCUGAGGAGACGGAGGAGGUGUUCCGGAGCUAUGCCUACUACCGCUACGAGCAGGAGAGAGAGGAGCGAGGGGAAGAGGUGCCCGUGGACCAGGAGAUCAUGGACAUCGAGGAGGAGCUGGGCAGCAUCGGGAGCCAGGUGGGACAGCGCUUGGCCAUCAUAGGCGACGACAUCAACAAGCGGUACGACGCGGAGUUCCGCUGCCUGCUGAAGUCCCUGCAGCCCACCAAGGAGAACGCCUACGAGUGCUUCACCCGAAUAGCCUCCAGCUUGUUCGAGAGCGGCAUUAACUGGGGCCGGGUGAUCGCGCUGCUGGGCUUUGGCUACCGCAUGGCCAUCCACGUCUACCAGCAAGGCAGGACCGGCUUCCUGCGCUGGAUCGCCCGCUGCGUCGUGGAGUUCAUGCUCCGGAACCGCAUCGCCCGGUGGAUCGCCCAGCAGGGAGGAUGGGCGGCUGCACUCGAUCUGGACAAUGUUUACAUGAAGUACAUGCUGGUGGUGGUGGCCCUGGUCAUGGUGGGACAUUUAGUGGUACGACGCUUCUUCAAGCCCUAACCGAGGUGGUGGCAGAGGCUGGGGGGGGGUCUGGCCAAGCUCUCUCAAAUCUCUGCUCUUCAUUGAUCUUCCUCAAGAGAGGGGGGGAUUUGAGGAACCUCCAAGAGAGAGCAGCUUGGACCUGAGACCCACCACAGGGCCCAGGGUCUCUGCCAUCCAUGCAGACACCACCAGGAACUAUGGAGAGAAGCAGAGGGAGGGAGGGAGGGAGGGAAGGUUCAACUCUGUUGCCUGUUGCGUGCCUCACUCAGCUGCUGUGGACAGAGCAUCGCUGCGGCGCUCCCCACGUGGGGCAGGGAGGCAGAGCCGGCUCCUCUGGAGACAGGAGUGUGGAGGAGCAAAGGUGUUGUGGGGAUGCCCACACGUGGGCCCCGUCUGCUCCUUGGGGCAGGCGUGGAGCUCCCCGUUUGCUGAUGGCUCUCCUCAAGCCCAUGCCUUUGAAGAGGGGUUGCAGCCUUGGGUGCUGCAGUUGCUGUCUGUAGAGGCACCGGAGGGGCAAGCCAGCAUGAGCACAUGUGGGGCUUGCUUUCGUCUUCCCUCUGUUCCUGAGCCCAACUACUUGAGCCUUCCCUUUCAACAAGCAUCCCUACCCCUUUUAAAGGACCGCACUGCCUGCUCUGACAAUCCACGGCAGUGCUGGCGGGCAGGAUUCCCCUUCCAACGCCUGACCCUGGAGACCUGCUGCUCUCCCAUGGCUGAUGUGGGUGCUGGGUGCUCAGAGCUGGGGAGCACCAGCAGGUUUCCAAACACUAAAGGCCUUGGGGCGGCUGAUGGUUGGUGCGGGCAGGCUGCCUGCCCUCCCUGCCCUUCUGCUUCCACUCAGUAGCUUCAGAUGCUGGCAGAUGAGCAGCCCAACUGUGACCAGUUGGUCUCCCUUGUUCCCAAUGGGAGCCCUGGAGUUGCAUCACCCCCCUACAGCAGCUCUUUGCCUCCUGAGCUCAGCUGGGCAGGAUGGUGCAGAUGUGCUGCGGUUGAGCCCAGGGCUGUGGUGCUUUAGAGCUGCUUCUUCUGGGCACAGCAUCUUUGGGAAGUGCCUUGACCUUGUUCUGUUCAUGACUAAUGGUUAAACAUGACUUUGGGGGAGUGGGGCAGGAGCAGGACCCACUCUCGCACCUCAAACCUUUCUGACUUUUACAAACUAUGGAGAGUACCUCAGCAUGGUUUAGCUCUGUUCUUUUUACCAGGUGACUCUAAGGCUUGAAACUGUGAUGGCCCCUUCUGAGCCAAACUCACCCCUCCAUCUCCUAGAGCGGGUCAGCAGCUGGGGGGGGGGAGACGGAGGGACUGGAGCUAGGAGGUGAGCAGUGGUCCCGUACCCAGGCUCCUCUCCCAGUGCAGUCAGAGCCCCAGAGACUGGGCACACCGAGAGAGCCCAAGGGGGUCAGAUCUUGAGAGCAGCCCAUCUGCCACAUAGGAAAGGCACUCCUGGCAGACAGCUGCCUAACCUGCUCCUAACCCCCCCUGCAUUGCCUCCCCACCACUUCCUACCUUAACCUUUAGGUGAGGUUUCCCCUCCACGCCUUGCUGCAGUUGAAGCUUGUUACUACACAUCCUGUCCAAGCACAGAGACAGCGUCCCUCGCAUCCCUUCUUGCUGCUGCAGAGCCUUAGCAGGACCAGCCACAACAUUAUAACACUUACAUCCCUCGUGUUCCUGCCUCCCUUCACGGAACAGGGAACUUCUGAGCCUGUUUCCAUAUCAGGGUCUUUCUGUGCUUGUCAUUUUGACCCUGUUUCUGCAUUAUCCCUUUCCCUGGGCUGUGCUUCAUAGAAAGGCAUUAAAAUACUUGCUAUAAUAUUCCUUUUCUAUAGAGCUCUCUUUUGGUUGAUUCUUCACCCGUGCUGAGCAGCACAGAUCUCCACUGGUCUGUCCAUGCUGGUUUGUGGCCAUGCUGACUCCCUUGGAGCACCACUGUCCCCUUCGCCUUCAUCCACACACGACUUCAUUUACCCCCUGUUCACCCACCUUGAGAGUCCUCAACCCCCUUCUCUGGUAGGAGCCAAAGUAACCAAGUGCUCUCAGCUGCAGCUCCCCAUCCCCGCUCCUUCCCUUCUCUUCUGGGGGGAAAACACCACCAGAUGGAGCCUUUUUGCCACGAUGAAAGCCAACUUCUUGCUGUUGGUUUCCCUUUCUCUUCAUCAGCCCCAUUACUGACAGUCCUGGCCUCUAGGCUGGUUCUCUGGUCCGUUGUGCCUCCAGCAGGACUCCUUCAGAGGACAGCAACCAGCACAUCAGCUUCCAUUCACUACUUCACCCUCCCAGAACUCUAACGGGCUGAGAGAACUUGUGCUUGCACACAGAGCCGUGCUGCUUCGAAUUGAUUCUCAUCUUCCACAUUAAAGUGUUUCACUGCAAGCCCCAUUCAGCUGCGAGGCCAGCAGACUUUACAGAACGUUUGUCGGCUUUAUAGUAGGUGCUGAAGCCUUAGUGGAGUCUGUGGCACCAGGACAGAGAAUCGAACCUUUAAAACAGGUGCUGUAGCAAAGGGAAGUUCCCAUUUGAUCCGUUUUCUCAGGGAGGAUUGUCUCAGGAUCUCAGUCUAUUGCCUCCCUCUGCUCUCGCCUCUCCCAGCCCUCCUGGCACUGCUUACAGCAGGGUGGGCUAAAGCAGACCCAGAUGAGAGGCCUUGGCCCUCCCCAGGAGCUGAUGCUCCAGAGCCACAGCAGGCAUCUACCUCGAAGCCCCACUCAGCAGGUAGCACCGUGUCUGCGUGCAGAAGGCUUCUGCUGUGGGCCAGGAGCAGUGCUUCGUUAUCUAGCAGCAAGAGCUCUAGAUAAAACUACAUCCUUAGGGUAACCCCAGCCUCCCCUUACAGGGCUGAAUCAGCCACUUUAUUCUGCAGGGAUAAAGCCCUGAUUGACUGCGAUAUUCUUCACAAGUGUGAACUUUUUAACCACCAACCCAGCCCUGUGUCAUGUGGGAUGCAGGGACAGCAUCCUCCAGCCUAGUGACUGCCCCGGGGCUUUGGCUUUUGCCCUGGUGAGCAAGGGAAGUGGGACUGGGAAGCCCUCAAGGGGAAAACCAAGGUGAAGGCGAGGAAGAGGCUCUGCCCUGGCUGUUUAGCAGGAGGGGAUUGCUCAGUGCAUCACUUGGUUUCACACAGCCCCUUCCCCAGCUCCUUUCUCCAUCCCUCCAGGAAGCCCCAGCACUGGAGGAAGGGGAUGGGGUGUGUGAUGGAGCAAUAGAGCUUUGCACUGACUGUGGAGGGGAGGGACUGGAAAACACCUUUUCUUUCCAGGAGGAGGACAGGAGGAGUUGUCCCAGUAGCAGCAGAGAAAUGGGGAACACUCGGUCUGCAGGCCAGCCUUUCCCCAGUGCAGGGCAUCUCUAAAUGGCAGGCAAAGAGGCUGUGAGGAACAUGGUGGGUUGCUUUAAAAUAAAACCAUUUCUCUCACAUCCGUUCUGUUUUAAAUGAUGUAAUAUAUAUACAUGUGAAAAUAAAAAUGGUACCUGCAGUACAAA